AUGAGCGCGAGCAUUCGCUCCGGCGCCGGCAGUCGGAAUGGCAUCACUAGACAGCCCAUUGUGCGAUCAUCAUCAACAAGGCUGCCUUCGUCGCUAAGCGCAGCGAGAGGAAUUCCUGACCGCGCCGGUGCAGCGUCUCCCGCAGAUUCUGUGUCGACGGCCACGACGAGCAUGAAGCGCAAGGAGCGUGAUUACGAGUCCGAUGCUGGCACUGUCGGCGGCGAGGAGACCAAUAUUAAUGUGGUUGUGCGGUGUAGAGGACGGAGUGAGCGCGAAAUCAAGGAGAAUAGUUGUCUGGUCGUGCAGGCGGAUGGCAUCAAGGGAAGUGCUGUUGGUCUGUUGAUGGGCCCGAAUGCGCUGAGCAACAAGUCAUAUACCUUUGACCGCGUUUAUUCCGCUGCAGCGGAUCAGGUGCUGGUGUUUGAUGAUACAGUUAGACCGAUAUUAGACGAGAUGCUUGCUGGAUACAACUGCACCAUCUUUGCCUACGGUCAAACGGGAACGGGCAAAACGUACACCAUGUCCGGAGACAUGACAGAAACCCUGGGCAUACUCUCAGAUCACGCGGGCAUUAUCCCUCGUGUUUUACACGAACUGUUCCAUAAGCUCGAGAUUGACGACAGGGAACAUUGCGUGAAAUGUUCCUUUAUCGAACUGUACAACGAAGAACUCCGCGAUCUACUCUCUGUUGACGAAAGUGCAAAGUUGAAGAUUUACGACGACGCGUCAAGGAAAGGACAUGCCGCCACAGUUGUUCAAGGCAUGGAGGAGAAGCACAUCAAGAAUGCUUCCGAGGGUAUCAAGGUGCUUCAGGAUGGUAGCUUGAAACGACAGGUGGCAGCUACCAAGUGCAACGAUCUCAGCUCUCGAAGUCAUACCGUCUUUACCAUCACGGCUUAUGUUAAGAAGACAAACAACCAAGGCGUGGAUGAUUUUAUCAGUGCUGGAAAGCUCAACCUUGUAGACUUGGCCGGGAGUGAAAACAUUCAACGAUCAGGAGCCGAGAACAAGCGGGCUGCUGAGGCCGGUCUCAUCAACAAGUCCCUUCUCACCCUCGGCCGUGUUAUCAACGCGCUGGUGGAUCGUACUGCCCAUAUCCCCUACAGAGAGUCCAAGUUGACGCGCCUGCUACAAGAUUCUCUCGGUGGCCGGACUAAAACCUGCAUCAUUGCUACUAUUUCUCCGGCCAAGACUAAUCUUGAGGAGACGAUUUCUACUCUUGACUAUGCGUUCCGCGCCAAAAAUAUCAAGAACAAACCACAAGUUAACCCCCUACUCAACAAGAAGAUGCUCUUGAACGAGUUUGCCAACGAAAUCGAGAAGCUAAAAGGUGAACUCAUCUCAACGAGACAGCGAAACGGCGUUUAUUUGUCCAACGACGCGUACGAAGAUUUGACUGCUCAAAGUGAAUCGCGUCGUAUUGUGCUCGAAGAACAGGGCGCAAAGAUCGAGACUUUGGAGACCAACCUGAAAAACAAAACUCAAGAGCUGUUUUCUCUGACGACUUCGUUUAUGGGACUGAAAAAGGACCACGAGGGGACAAGAGCUCAGUUGAAUGACACAAAAGGGGUGCUUGAUCAAACGGAAAUAGUCCUUUCCGCUACACGCAGGUCACUCUCCGAAGAAACUAGGCUACGAAAGGCCCAUGAGCAAACGGAGGAGAAGCUUACUGAGAUUGGAGGCGAGCUCAUCAACAAGCUGCACAAGACGGUCAAUGAUGUUACAGGUCUCAGGGCGAAGAACAAGCGCAAAUCAGACUUACAAUCCUUGAAUCGUGCCGCUUGGGGGACGUCACAAGCGCAGGUUGCAGAUGUCACGUCCAUGGUUGAGCGGCGUGUACUUGAAUUUCAAGGGGAGCAACAGGGGCACAUAACAAGUGUGUCACAACGAAUGACGUUAUUCGUGGACGAGGAGUUGAGGAAGCUUUCGUCAACGCAGGCGUUUUUAGAUGAGCAUUUCAAUGUGUUUGUCGACUCAAAGAAGCAGUUACUGGAGAAGAAGCAAGCUUCAAAGGAAGAUAUGGACGAAGUACUGGAUGAGAUCAAGGUCGUGAGGGAUACUGUGAAGAACAAGGUCGGGGAGAGACUCCAGGUCAUGUCACAGGCCGCGGAGAGGAUAUCAGGGGACGUUUUACAGGAGAUGACCAACUUUCACACACAGCUCCACAACUCGUACAGCACCCUUGGAAAGGACUUCAAGUCCAUAUUUGAAGACCUUGUCAAGCACAUUACUGCACAACGCAGCGAGGCGGACAGCCUUCGAAGGCAGUUGCACAGCGCCAUGAACACCAUCGCCUUGCAAAACAAAAGCCUUUCGACACGUGUCCAGGAAGCAUUGGCUGAGGAGCGACGGCAGACCGCAGAGGACCGUCAAAAUUUGAUGACUCAAAUCACCAGCUUGAUCAACUCUCAGGCCGACGCACAAGAAGCUCGGCUUGCCGACAGGGCGACCCUCAUCCAGAAGAGUGUUGCAGAGUCCAAUACCUCAAUGGAAGCAGCCAUGUCGCAAUAUACACAAGGAAUGGAGAAGUGGGAUGGCAAGGAGAACGACCUGAUGGAGGAAGUCAAGAAGUCUCGCGAGCUGCUAAAGACCAAGUUGAAGGACGACUGGACCCUAGCAAGCGACCAAAGCACAUCUAUUCAAAACAUGGCCAAGUCGAUUCACGCCGAGACAGCACGGGUCGCAGAAGAGCAAACCGACGACCUGGACACGCAGAUGGAGGCACUGGACGACUUUGUCAGCCGGGCCAAGUCGGAAAACGCCAGUCACCACGAGUCCCACGGCCAAUCUCUACAAGGCUUGUCAAAUACCGUGGAACAGUCGUUUGGUAACAUCUCGGCCCACUUUAAGACCACCUUUGAAAGAGUCAAGAAUCUCGGUGAAGGCAUGGAACUCGAUACCAAUGAUUUGCGCGACGCUCUCGAACCGCUCGAGUCACAACUCUGCCAACCGCUCAUCAACCUGCGCGAGGGAAUCACAUCCACCACACUGCAAGAGUACCAGCCCACGGGUGACACACCUCAAAAGGCUACGUAUCUCUAUCCGACGAAGCUUCCUCGCACAGAACCUCACGACCUCAUCAUCUCCAAGAUUGACGAGGAGCCAUCUUCACUCUUGGCCGACGAUACCGUCGACAAGGAUGAGUCAACCAUGUUGUUUUCGGACAUGGGACACAAAAGCUCCCCCAUCACGGCGAGACAGUCCCUCGGUCUGAACAUGAGUCUCCGCGAGGUGAAUCCCAAUGUCACGUCCAAUUUGACCACCGGUGUACUUGGCUUUGAUCCCAGAGCCAGUACCAUGAGCAUGCCGCCUGAACAUACGAUGCCUAGUUUUAAGAAACCACUUCGGGGGCGGGGUCUCAAGAAACAGCCUGUUUUACCGGAGGGCAGGGAGAAUAUGCCCUUUGAGCAGAGUUUAUCUAGGAGGAAGAGCCCGAGGUUGAAUUAG